GGUCGCGGCGGUUGACUUUGGUUGAUUCUCUCCUCUGCUUCCACAUCUCAAUCUUUUCUACUUUUCCGGCUUUUUUCUAACCUCCUUAGCCCAUUCCACAUACUUCACUCCCUUCAUCUUUUCAGCUUCGAGCGCCCUCGAAGUUCCUGCCAAUUUGAUUUCCUCGUUUGGCGCCACCCCAACAUCGGCGCAAAUCUCAGCCUACUCCUAAUUGUGGUCUCGGGGGUUCAUAAUCGGUCAUUACCGACACAAAGUUCCCCCCCGGGGUCUCUCGGUCCGGCGCUUGGCCUUCGUCCCAACUCAAACCUAAUCUUCCCGUCGUCGCUCGCCUAUCUGUUCCUCUGCCGCUACGAGUCGUCUCGUGCUGCCCUCGCCAUGGCGUCCGUAAACGUAAAACCGUCCCUCAAGCUCGACACGGCCCAGCAGAUGCCUCCCCCCUCCAAUCCCGACAACCCAAGACCAAUACUCAAGCUGAACACGUCAGCGCGACAAUCUUCCUUUAGCGGCGACCUUGGCACGCCUACCCCGUCCGGAGAGAGCCGAAAGAUCAAGAUCAAACUAAACAGCCAACCGAGUACGCCCGCCACCGCGUCUACUUCCACCGCUCCCACCGCCGCCAAGUCGAAGGCUGGCAGAACCUCCAAGCCCACCGCCAAGCUCAUCGAGUCCAAGAAGCGCAAUUACGACAGCGAUGAGGAUCAGCCCUUGUCCGGCGCCCGCCAAGAUUCUAGCCGGCCGAGCAAGAUGAUCAAGAUCAAGCACUCUGCGACCACCCCCGUUAGCUCCAUUAAGUUCAAGCUUCGAGGAGAGGCGAUCGAGCGCCAUCCCGGCGAUGGUUACGACUCUGAGGCUAGCGAUCGCGAGGUCGAUCCCACCCGAGAGUCUACCUUCAUACUGCGCGUCACCCCCGGGCCAGCGACCGACUACCUGAGAAAAGCCCUGACCGAUGGCACCGUCGGACUGCCGAAACAGAACGGAGGUGCCGAUUUCGCCGUGCAAUUCCUCGAUGCUAAGCAGCGGCGGGCUAUGGUGACGAUAGACGGAAUUCACUAUGCCGCUGUUCUCGUCCACCUCCCCACCAUCACAGAGGCAAUGAAAUCUUGGGAUCGGAAAAAUAUGAUGAAGAACUCGGACAUAACCGAGAUGUUACUCUGCUUUGAGGCGGUCCAAAACGAGGGAGAGGCUAAGACGAUCCCACUCCCAGCCAUGGUAGUCAAGAACGAGUAUAGGUGGCCCCACGGCCUCACCCCUCCAAUGCACGACGCUUCUCGCCAGAGGUUUCGGAAGACUUUAUCGGCAAAGCAAUGGCAAAGCACAGCCGCGCAAGUUUCCCAAUUGCUCGAAGAUGAUGCCAGUGCUUUGGAGUCCCAUGUCGAGUUCAUGCAGGACGAGUAUGGCUACGCGGAUUCUGACGAGGACGAAGAUGCCGAGGGCGAGAUUGAGCAAGAUUACUUCGCGGAUCAACCAGAAGCAGAUACGCAAAAUGUGGAAGAGCCCGAGGCCGAAGACGAGAUGCUCCUGGCCAUGGAGGCCGAGUUAGAGGAAGACGAGCUGAAAAAUGAGAAACCAACCGCCGUCACGCCGGCUACGCAGCUAGAGGCACCAACCCCUGUGACAAUCGGUGGGAACACACCCCAAGCCGUGGGAGGGACGGAUGAGCCAAUGUCAGAGGAAGAUGAGUCCGACGACGACGACGACGAUGACGACGAACUUGACGACGCAGAAGACGGACAAGAAGUCGACGACGAGCAACUAGCCGCCGAGAGGGAGCGGAAGGAGAAGUUUGACGCUAUGGCGGAUCUACAGAGGUCAUUGGAAGAGACAGAACUGAUGCUCUCCGGAGUCAUGGCACCUCUACUGAAGAAGCGACUCCUAGCCAAAAGAGAAAAUAUCAAGAAGGAAAUCGCCGUGAAGAAAGCCGCAAUCGGCCUGACGGACGACGACUGAAGGGAUGAAGAGGGGAAACGACGUCCGAAGGCGAAGGAGCCAUCAGCCUCGAGAUCGUGAGGCCUUUGACGACGGUAUUUUGCGGCCGCUUCGCCAGUUUUUACUCUGAUCGGCGGCUCGAGGAUCUUGACGGCAACACUAGGGUCGAUUUGCGUUUUUGCGAUUAGAUUCGACUCCAUUAUGGGAAUGAUACCCCCUUUUCGCUUUUUCUCUCACACUAGCGCAUAGAGAACGGACGAUACGAUCACUCGAGGAAGAAUCGGAGCGUCAUGUUAAUACACUUUGAUUUCGUGCAUCGUUAGAUGUAUAGUAUCCAACGGCUACAAGCGG